GCCUGCAGCCAGCUCAAUCGGCCCUUGCAGUGCUGAGAUAAGAAGCUAGCGAAGUUUGCAACAUGCAAGUUCUCGCCGCAAUCACGCUGCUCGCCGGUGCAUCGGCACUCGUGCCGCCGUCGCAGCGCCGCAGUGGUGUUGCACUCAGAGCUGGCUUUGGAGCAGCCACCAAAAAGAGCAAGGCGAAAUUCGUCAAGCCGGGCAAAGGGCAGUGCAUAAAUCAAAUUCUCGCGGCGCGUCUCCGUCACUGCUAUUAUCAUGGCUCCACGCCAUCGAUGCGACGUCAGCGAAGGCGUGGCGGUGUGGUCUCUCGAGUCACUGGUUAAUUUGCGCACAGGCAAAAAAGACCUCGAGAAGCAAUGGGAGAAUUUCUUCGUGCACCAGAGGUCUGGGAGCCGCCUCUUCUCGUGCGAGUCAGUUUGGGCGCGUGCUGGAGAAGGCGAGUGGCUGCGCGUCGGCGCCGUCGUGACGAAGAGCGACGACGUGAGCAACGCCGACGCCGUCGCGGCGCAGAAGAAACUGAUUUCGUGGAGCGCGACGCAGCUCUUUCCGGCGCUGAACGCGAAAAAGGGCCAGGCUCCCGAGCUCGGUUUGGGCCCCUACGUCGACGACGAGAAGGACGACGAAGGCGACGCGUCAAAAGUUGCACCCGUAGGCAAGGGCGACAAAGCUGCACCGCUCUCCGACGUCGGCUUCAAGCCGAUCCGCUCGCCGCUCGACGAGCACCGCGCCGGCCUCGGGGCGACGCUGCUGAACAAGUCCGUGGGCAAGGGCUCGGCGAAGUUCAAGGGAGCGGCGGCCGCCGCGUCGGCGGCGCCCGGUGCCGCGGCGGACUCGAAGGGAGUGUUGUAAUCUAGGACAUG